CGGUGGCCAGACCCUCUCACUUUAUCUCCCACGACAGACGACCCGAGAGUUCAGUCGGCGUUUGACUGGUGCCUAAGGAAGAACUGUAAUAACGAGCUUUUCUUUGACGUUCGCAGACAGAAAGCUUUUGGAUUCUUUCUCCAAGUUGAUAAGAUCUCAUCGAGGGAAGCUAAGACCAGCAAAAUGGAACUGCAACUGUUUAUCGUUUUAUUAGCAUUUACUGGUACUUCCUUGGGCCAUGACAGUUGGUCUUAAGGAAGGCGAGGAUCUGCCAGAGGAGCUGAAGCCCAUCAUGCCCGGAGGGUCCUGGUUUGACGACAUGGCUGUCAAGAGGCUCCAAAGGAAACACCAUGACCUGAAGGAGCAUGGAAAACUGGAAGGCCACAAACACGAAGAAGAUGCUGAGGAGAUGUUCAUCAUGUCCAAACUGGGAGCCAGUCAUCCAAUGGUUUCGAUUCCCGAAGUAGGAGCUCCGGUUACUAUCCCCAUCGACGGAAAACAGGACACACGGGAAGUCAUGAGGAACUUCCUCCGUCAGCACACUCAUCACUCACACGAACUCAGGGAAAAGAUUCACAGCAGCGAAGAGCACGAUGAUGAUGACGGAAGACCCAAGGCCCACCGAACAUCCCACGAAUUCAUGGUGGUCUAUGAGAGGGAGCUGGAAAACUUCUUCAAAAACUUCAUGAGCGCCAUGCUGCAGGCCGAGGUUCGUGGAGUGAGCAUUGAAACGAGGAGCGAUGACGAUGCUGACAGGCCUAAUGGAGUCGACUCUUCGUAGACAGCGAAACUCCGCAGGAAGCUGCUCUGUUUUGCCAUCUGCGGAAACUGCUAGCGUUAAUGAUCACAAAUUGGGUUAAAAUCUCCUUCAGGUCCACUGAAGGGCGGAUGCCUACAACAACAGUACAACCAACAACUAUAACAACCACAACAACAACAAUAACAGCAAUAACCAAUAUUAAAAAUUAUAUUUAUAUUCUUAUCUGGGAGUUCAAAUGUUUCGUAUGACUCACACCUUUCUCCAUAGACUUUUCACCUCAAAUAGUGACAUAAGCAUAAGCAUGUUAGGUUUCGGUAAGUAGGCCUAGUAGGCUUGGUCAAGAACCUUUUACUAGUAGACCAUCUUCGUAGCAACCCAUUAUUGAUUUUCCAAAGGUAAUGCAAGGUUUAGUUUCGUGGAUUUCCCAAGUUUUACUUCAUUUUUGGAAAAGGGAAGAAAGCAUUUUCUAUAAAUCAGUAUAAUUGAACAGAUGACUAUAAGAGGCAGCAAUUUAAAACUCACCACAUACAUUUCAUGUAUUUAUAAAAAUCAUAGGUAACUUGACUUUAUGCUUGCGUGUUCAUAGAUCACCGAUUGUACUAUGUAUGGUUUGGUGGCUUUUAGCUGCCUUCCUUACUUUGACUUAUUAAUCAACAUAUCAUUCAAGUUUUAAAAUCAAGGUUAUUUUUAUCAUUAAAAUCAUUCGACAUAAUAACGGGCAAGUUCCAAGUCAAGUUCUACCAAAGCAUUCAUGAGCGGAAACUACUGAUAUAGCAAAUAACUUUAAUGCUGAAUUUAAUAAUGAUCAUAUUUCUGAAUAACGGCGUAUUUCAUAUCAUAUCACCAAUUCAAUUAUUUAUGUCUCUUUAUCAGUACAUCAUCAUGUCAAAGUAUUUAAUUAUUGUAAAUCAUUUAUCAGAAUCAUAUUUCUUUUCAUUUCUUCAUUGUACUGGCCUUCAUUUUUAUUGAUGUAUUUUCAUGUUACAUUUUCAUAAUUUGUGUUAUAUCAUUUGAAUUUAUGUUUUAAUGCAAACAUGAAUGACAUAUGAAUUGAAGAGCAACACUUAUAUACAUGCGCAAAUGGUGCAUAUGUAUUUACGUAUGUAAAUACCAAUGUAUUCACACGUGCAUGCAUGAGUGUCUAUUCACAUUAUUUUGGCACUUGGUUCCCAAUAUCACUCGUGUUAAAAAUAUAUUCCCAGUACUAUUUAAUAUGUUUGCAGGACAGGAAACAAAACUUUUGUACUACAACAUUAUAAAGGGAAAUUUCAUUGCAUAACGUUCUGCGUGUGUGUAAUGCCAGCUAUUUCGUAAUAAAAUCAAUACUAGGUUUA